AUGGUUCAAUAUAUUGUUCAAUUUGGGGGAUAUCCAAUAGAAGAUCACAACAUGCAUCUUGCUAACUUUGUUGAGCUCUACCAGACAUUUAAAAUGAAUGGAGCUAGCGAUGAUGCCAUCAGAUUAAGGUUAUUUCCAUUUUCUUUGAGGGACCAAGCUAAGAGUUGGUUGGUAUCUUUUCCACCCAAUUCGAUUACUACCUGGAAUGACAUUGCUCAGAAGUUUCUCUCCAUGUUUUUCCCUCCUGCGAAGGCAGCUAAGUUGAGAGGAGAGAUCAAUAAUUUCUACAAGUUGGAGGGUGAACUUUUGCCUAGAGGAGCAUUCAUGAGUAAGAGCGCAAAUGAGGCUUAUGAUCUGUUGGAAGAAAUGGCUAUGAAUAACUAUCAAUGGCCAUCAGAAAGGGAGAGCACUAAGAAAGUGGCUGGAGUGCAUGAAUUGGAUGCCAUCUCGAUGUUGUCAGCUCAAGUGGCAACAUUGACAAAACAGUUACAAAAAAACAGUAUUCAAGCUCCCGUUAUGCAGAUGCAAGUCAUAUGUGAGUUAUGUGGGGGACCUCAUUCAUUUGAACAAUGCACAAUGAGGGAUUUUAAUAACAUGCCUAUCGAGCAAGUGAAAGCGCUAGGGAAAUUCCCAAGGCCCUCCAAUAACCCAUAUUCCAUGAGUUACAGUCCUGGGUGGCAGAAUCACCCAAAUUUUUCUUGGACAAGUGAUCAAGGUAGUCAGCAGCAGUUUCAGCAGAGCCAACCUCAGUACCCAAGGCCUCCUCCUGGAUUUUUUCACCAACAACAAUUGAGACCUACACAACAACCGAUGCAAGCAAAACAAGAUGGUCAGGCUGAUGUGUUAACUCAAUUUAUGACAGAAACAAGGUUAUCAAUUCAAAGCUUGGAAACUCAGAUUGGACAGUUAGCCACAUUAAUGUCAAGCCGAGCUCAAGGUAACUUGCCAAGCACUACAGAAGUGAAUCCGAAGGGAAAUCUUAAUGAACAGUGUCAGGCUAUUAGCUUGAGGAGUGGAACCAUGUAUGAGGGACCAAGUAUGGAGAAGAAAGAUGAGCAAGUAGGGAUCAACAGGCACCUACUAUUGAGAACAAGUAGAAGGGUGAAGAGAAGGUUACUGAAGACCUCCUGA